AUGUCAGAGCCAACUCAACUACAGCAUAAUGCCUUUCAAAGUGCUCUCCAAACAUGGAAGGAGAUAGAUUUACCUUCUUUGCAGAAUAAGCUUGACGAGCAAGGCAUUGAACUCAAAUCAGAGCAGAAGGCCUCGCUAACAAGCAGAAAGAACCUUGCGUCUAAGACGAAGGACUUCAAAAAGCUUGAGGAUGCAGAGAAGCUCAAUGAGAUCAAACAUCUUCUAAAGAUGUAUCAGAAUGAGAUCGACAAUAUGAACACGAAGCAAAAGAAAGUGGAGGCAUUCUUCUUCGGCUUCUACAGAUUGAUUGCAGAGGCUCCUGAUCCCAAACCUCUUCUAGAGCUUUGCCAGGACGCUGUGGUCAAUCUGAAUGAGUUGGCCGACAUGAAACAGCAAAUAGCCCAGCGUGAUGAAGAACUAGCCAAGAAAGCUGACUACGAGGUGUUGAAGCAGCGUCUUUUACGAAACGAGCAAGAGCUGGCUGCACUUCUAAGCAGCAAACUCAAGGCCAAAGAAGACGAACUCCAAUCCUUGAUCCAGGAGAAGGAAUCCAAUUGGGCUAACAAAGAGAAGCAGCACCAAGAACAGAUUGCAUCAUACAAGCUCACCAUCGAGGAGCUCAAGACAUCAAUGGAAGUCACACAACUUCAAUUGAACUCACAAAAUAAACUGUUCGACAGAGGUGAAGAUGGAGGAUCCCAAGAUACAGCUUCCACGCUAGUAGAAUUGGACAUGGCCAAUCGUGACGCGGAAAUGUGGAAAAAGAGGGUCUUCGACUUGGAGAAAAGAAACGAGGGCUUACGUCAAGAAUUGUCCGUAGCGUUGAAUGAUUCAGCUAGUGCAGCAAUUAAAGCGGAUUUCCAAAAGACAGUCGCUGAUUUGGAAAGUGAGAAUGCACUUUUAAUGGCAGAUUUGAACCAGGCCAAGAAGAGGAUCAAUACUGUCACUGACGAGAAUUCCGCCAAGGUCCAGCUGCUCACGAGAGAUGUGCAACAUGCAUCAGAGGAAAUUAAGCAUCUCAAGGCCAAGCUAGAGAAAACCAGCGAUUAUGAUGAAGUCAAACACGAACUUCACUUAUUGCGUCAAAUCGAGUUUGGAGAGAACUCCUUAGAGGAGGCCGAUGACGAACAACCAAAGCAGAUCGAUUCCCUAUUGAUCGAAAGGAAUAAGUCAUUGACCACUGAACUUGCGAAUUUGAGAUCCCAACAUGAUGGUCUUGUCUCGCAAAUCCAGGAGCUACAAGGUGAAUUAGAACAAAACAGAGAGGAGUCAGAGAGACUUGGCAUGCUCAAUUCGAAGUUGGAGAAUGAUUUGGCGGAUAUGAGGGACUCAUCAACUCCUCAAUUCAACGACACGGCAAGCAUGAUUUCCGGAAUAUCGAGAAUGACCAAGAACACAACAAGGCAACCAUCUGGUGGUAUGGCUCACCAGGCAGGAGAAGAUAGUUCAAUUCUUCCAAUCAUCACCAAGCAAAGAGAUCGGUUUAGGGACAAAAAUAAGGAAUUAGAGGACGAUCUCAAGCGCCAAACCAGUUUGCUAAAUGAGUUGAAGAGGCAAAAUAGAGCCUUGAAGAGUGAUAAUGAGGAUCUCUAUGAGAAAUCAAGAUAUAUGGCUCUGCUCAAGAAGGAGAACGAGGGUGCCGCUGCAACUUCAAACCGCCGCUUUUUCACUCCCAAACCAAACGCAUCUCUAGACCUUGAGCAAAACGCAUAUCAGACAGAAUACGAGUCUAGGCUUCACCCAAUUGAGCGGUUCAGGAUGCGAGAACAGGAGCGCAUCAGCUCAAGGCUCUCGCCUUUUGAGCGUAUCUUCAUUUCUGUGACGAGAUCCAUUUUGGCCACCAGAACGACAAGAAUGCUAUUCUUGGCUUAUUGUGUCUUCCUUCAUUUCCUUGUUAUGUUCACGACCAUACAUUCUAUGUCUAUCAGUACCAAAAUGAUACCAGAAGUUGGCCUCAACCAAAGCACAGGAGGUUCCGCCGACACAAUUGAGUAUCAAUCCGAAAGCAAACCCGAGAACUUCCUCGUCUUUAUCGGCGGUUUGGGUGAUGGUCUCCUUUGCACCAAGUACAUACCCCAGAUAGCGGAGCUUUUCAACAAGGAAUUGGGCGGAAAAUGGGGCGUUGUCGAGACUUUGAUAAAAUCGUCUUACAUUGGCUGCGGAACGGGCAGCUUGGGACGUGACGUACGUGAGUUGGCUCAAUUGGUCAAGUACCUUAGAUCCAAUAGAGGUACUCCACAGUCCAAGAUAGUGCUCAUGGGCCAUUCUACUGGAUGCCAGGACACAAUUGAAUAUCUCUCCAAAUUCGCAUACCAAGAUGACUUUGAGAGUAUUUUCAAGUUGGACGGCGGAAUUUUGCAGGCCCCUGUGUCAGAUACCGAGGCCUCUGAAUACUUCCACAAGGACUCAAAUAUAAAGGAGGUCCUUAAGCAGGCCAAGGAGCUCAUUGACGCAGGAAAAGGCGAGGAGUUGCUUCCUGAAGAGGCCAGGAAAUUGUCUUUCGGUGUCCCGGUCUCUGCCUACAGAUUUUAUUCCUUGAAUGCGAGAAGAACAGACGACGACUACUUCUCGUCAUAUCUUAAUGAGGAUGACUACAAAAACACUUUCGCAAAGGUUGCUCUGCCUUUGCUUGUUCUUGUCGGAGAGAAAGACGAGUUCAUUCCGCCAUAUAUUGAUCGUAAAGCCUUAUUGGAAGACUGGAAGAAGGUCACAUCGGAGACCGUAUGGAGUGAAUUCAGCAAGGUCGUCAAGGGUGCUGACCACAAGGGCGGAGGUCCAUUGUCCGACGAGGGAGCUUCUGAAGAUAUCGCCAAAACGGUUGUUGAGUUUAUCAAGAAGAACUUUUAA